AUGCCCACAUACUCCAUCUAUCCCGAGUCCCUCAUGGCUCCCAACCAGUUCUCGCCUUACCUCUCAGUCUCAUUCCGGAGGGGUGUGGAAAGCCGAGAUCCCAUCUUCCCCGCCUCAGGGCUCCAGCUCUCCUUCGAGAGACCGGACUGUGACCAGGAGAUCUUUGUCGAGCGCAUCACCGCCCGCGAUGUCCAGGCCUCUGAGUCAGGCCUGUGCACCGUCAGCCUGCCCAAGGACGAGAUGCCCAAGUAUGCCGUCCCCAAGGGCCGCGAGGACACCGUUGGCGACGUCGUCGUCAAGCUGCAUGCCUGGAAGGGCGAGAGGCACCUGGGCGCCUGGGAGAUGGGCAGGCUGAGAGGGCCGGAUGCCUACAAGGUUGUGGGCUGA